AUGAAAAGGCUUCAUUCGAGUGGUAACACCAUAGGAUUUCAUCCACAGACUCAGAAGUUGGAAGUACAUAAAUAGUAUGAUGUGAAAGUACUGCUGAAGAUGUUUCAUUUGAAUGGUAACACCAUAAUACUUCAUCCACAAAUCAAACUGAAAUAGAGCUGUGUUAAAUGAUUUGUGGCCGGCCCGCGAUUUAAUACUGAAUUUAACAGUCUCGGUGUGUGGUUUUGUUAGUGUUUUUUUUGUUUUGUUUUCAGAGCUAAAGAACCUGCAAGUACAUGGCUCGAAAGAUGGUAAGGUUACCUAGUAAAACGAAAGUCGUGCCCACUUUUAUAAACGCCCCUGCCUGAUAGUCAGGAUAGUUGUCUCGCUUAGAUGGCCACAUAAAGUGGCGUCGAAACGCAGGCAUAUUACUAUAGAAAGCAAGGGCGUUGUCAUGUAAUUUCUCAGUUUUCAAAACCCUCUUUGUUUUACUGCUUUUCCGUUUAUUUUUUUUAGAAUGUCAAAAUUACAAAAACCUGACGAGUGCUGACCGAAACGUGAAUUAUGGUAAAAGUGGCGUCGAAUGUGAUGCAGAUAUUGUUCCUGGGUGGUUUCGGUUUCAAGGCGAGGCAGGAACACAGAUGGCAACUACAUGCCCACCACACUGGAGCUGUAACAGUGGUGCGAAUGGCUGGAUGAAGGGGGAGUUGCCCUCAGUGGCAGAUGGAAGGGUCACCAGGAUGGCCUGUUUCCAAUUUAAUAAUCAGUGCUGUUUCUACUUCAAAUAUAUUCAAGUUAGAAAUUGCGGUGAAUACUAUGUUUACUAUCUCAAUGGCACUCCAGAUAACAAGUGCUACGUCCGCUACUGCGGUAGCGAUUGA